AUGCUUCGGAGACAGGCGCGAGAGCGGCGAGACUACAUUUAUCGUCGCGCGCUUCAACUCAGAGAUGCAAGCAUUGCCGAAAAGCGUGCUCUGCUCAAGAAAUCCCUGGCCACGGGCAAGCCUCUCGACCCCUCCGUUGCCAACGACAAAUCUCUACGCAAAGACUUCAAGUACGACGAAUCUCUCGAUCCCGAGACCCUCGCCGCCCAAGAAUCCAUCGAUGAUGAGUACUCGAUGCUCUCUGGUCUCUCGGAUCCCAGACCACUUGUCACCACCUCUCGAAGCCCCUCGACCCGCCUGAGUACCUUUUCCAAAGAGAUUCGACUACUCCUGCCCACCUCGAUCCGAUUGAAUCGAGGCAAUCUCAUCCUGCCGAACCUACUGGCUAGUGCGAAAGCCGCCGCUCUGACCGACAUCAUCGUCCUCCACGAGCACCGAGGCACACCCACUGCCAUGACAAUCUCCCACCUGCCCCAUGGUCCAACGGCCUCCUUCUCUCUCCACAAUGUCGUCUUGAGAGCCGAUAUUCCUGAUGCGGCGAGAGGCACGGUGUCGGAAUCGUACCCGCAUCUGAUCUUCGAAGGCUUUACAACGCGACUGGGUAAGAGAGUGGUGCAGAUUCUCAAACAUCUCUUCCCGCCACGGGAUGGUCCUCAUAAGGUUGGAAAUCGGGUGGUCACGUUCAAGAAUGUCGAAGAUAGCAUCGAGGUCCGGCAUCACGUCUUUGUGCAGACUGGCUAUCGAGAUGUUGAGUUGGCCGAAGUUGGACCUAGGAUGACCAUGAGAUGCUUUGAACUAAAAGGAGGCACGUUGGAGAAAGAUUCCGGAGGAGAGGUUGAAUGGGCCUUGACACAAUACACUCGAACGGGACGGAAGAAGAACUAUCUAUGA